GUCUCUACUAUUGACUCUUUCUUGAGUGUCUUGACUUGAUUGUGACAUGGCGUCCAUCAAGUUAAAUCACGGCCUCCUGUAAAACUGUAUUAAUGACAGUGGUUUCAUUUUGCAUUUUAUUACUGAGGCCGCAAUAAAUCGUACAUUUGCAUUGAUGGUAAUGCAUGCAAGGAAACCUCAGCGAAUAAGCGAUGGGUACUUUGAGAAGCACCAAGCCCAUCCGUAUCAGAAGUAUAAUUCAAAAAGGACUGCAAGUGAGUAUGUCUCUUCUGACAACCGGUACACACCGCUUCGAUCCCCCAAUGGCAAUGUGUCCACACAUGGCCAUGGCACUCACACCAGUUAUUCUGGCCAUGGACAUCAUCACUACGCUCAUGUGGCAGAUGAAAGAGGAUACUCAACAUCCAGAAGUUCUUAUUUACAAAAGGAGAGAGAUAGAGACUAUAAAUCCUCUAGAAAUAAGUACACAGAUAGUGUCAGAUCACCGAAGGAGAAACGUAUCAAAGAUAGUGAAAGAGAGAGAAGCAAUCAUGAGCGAAGUGACUCGGAGAAAAAGAAUAGGACUAGUUCCAUGAACAUUAGUGUUAGUAGGAGUAGUAAAUAUGAUAAAAGAAGUGCACCACCAACGACAGUGCCUUCUGGCAGUGAAUGGUCCGAACAUAUUAGUUCAUCUGGAAAAAGAUACUAUUAUAACUGUAUCAGUGAAGUGUCACAGUGGGAAAAACCUAGGGAAUGGGACUCGCGGCGGACUUCAUCCAAAGAUUCAACAUAUUCUUCAAGAAACAAUCGUGAUAAGAGAUCAAGCUCCAGGUCGGGGAGAAGAGAGGUGGACAAGACGAGUAAAAGAACGAAUAACACAUCAGAGAGGUAUUGGAAUAACAGUAGCAGAGAAGACGAGCCUCACGACCGAACAAGACCAAAACAUCCAGCCCCAACACACGAAGGCAAGGAUGGACAAUCAUUACAAGACAUGGACAUCUCUCCCGAUCGGAGUACGCCGUUGUCGGAAAACUCGUACGGUGGGCGCGAGAACAACGCGGCCGCGCGGAACAACGCUGAGACCAACGCCGUGCCACCCGUUGUUGUACUCGACAACUCCAACCAGCCGAGUGGAUCUCUUCUGGCCGCGGCUCUACCCCGCAUCGUGGCGCCACCGCCGGUGACGGCGAACAACGGGGGCGCAUCUCCCGGCAGCGGGGGGACCCCUCACCGCGAUGCCGGCCCCCCUACCCCAACCCACUCCGAGAAUACCGACCCCCACGCACCACCAUUACAUCUUGAUCAAGCAUUACCUAGAAAGAUGGAAUGCCUUGGGAGCUAUUCGUCGGUAGUGGGCGGAGCGCUGCCGCACGCGCCGCCGAUGUUAACGCCAUCUCUCGUCAACUACGUGCGCAGUGAUCUCACCACGCACGUCACCGGCUGGCCAGCCGAUAUCCUGGAGAAACAGGCUAACAAGUUUACGGAGGAGGCGUACCAGCUGGGCUGCCUGCAGUGCACGCGGGUUUCGGCUGAGCUCAAAUGUUCCCGCUCGCUGGUGCGCCACACAGAAAUACAGGCCACGCUACAGGAGCAAAAAAUAAUGUACCUGCGGCAGCAAAUCUCGCGGCUAGAGGAGCUGAAGUCGCAGAACUCUUUCAUGUCGGAGGACUAGGAGUCGUGGUGGGGCGUGUCUCGCACGUCUCAACACGCCGCCGCCGGACAACGCCGCAUUUCCCACCCCUAGCCGGGACAUUUCACCCAUCAAUGCUAAAUAUUGUUCAUUCCGUUCUUUUUCUGUGUAACUUAGAUCGAAUGGUUACUUAUUGUGUUGUGUGAUUUGAUGUUAAAUUUUAAGAUUCAUUCUUGUGAGAUUCGCCAGAAUUUGAAUUACAUGUAUUUCUAUAUAUUUCCAAUAAUUACAACAUUGAUUUCAAUUAUCGUUUAUGGUAGGUAGAUUAGUCGAUAGGAGCGUCGCGACUGAGACAGUGGCACAUGUGAAGCAAUGUUCUCUUUCGUAUGUGUUAAUUAAUGUAGCAUGUUCCAAAAGUGUAUUAUAACUUCAAUAAUAACUUAAGUUGCAUCUUUAAUUAGAAAACUCAUGGAUCAAGAAAGUUUUCUAUUCGUAUUCUGCAUGCAGUCAGUUUCUUAUUGUGUAAGUACACUAUUCAUCGGUCAGUUCUAAGGGUAACUGUGUUUUGUAAUGUGUUUAUUGUAAAGUUUAAAUUAUUUAAAUAAUAAUUUCUUAGAAAAUUAUUUUUUCUGUUUGUUUUUAUAUUAGCCAUUACAAAUAGCCUAUUACUGCAGCACUAAUUGUAAAAUAUUAAUAAAAAAUUACUUGACGAAAUGAAGAAAUACUACUGUUGACUUAAUGUUUCCUAUUUAAUAUGAUUGACGGAUUUAUUUCAUAAAUACUGCUGCUGCAGGUACUAACUCUGCCCCACAAAAAUGUUGCGGGCGCAGAGUAAGUGCUGCUAUAUUAUUUACUGUUAUCAUAUUUAAUUUGAUUGACGGAUUUAUAUUUCUUAUAUUUCUGUUGAUUCAGUGACUAACUCUGCCCCACAUAAAUGUGGCGGGCGCAGGUUAGUGCUGCCAUAUUAUUUACUGCUAUCUAUUCAAUUUCAUUGACGGAUUUAUAUUUCACUAGCGACCCGCCCCGGCUUCGCACGGGUGCAAAAUUAUAAAUGUUAUUAUACAUAAAAACCUUCCUCUUGAAUCACUACCUGUUACAAAAAACCGCAUCAAAAUCUGUUGCGUAAUUUUAAAGAUUUAAGCAUACAGACAAACAGACUAUAAUAGCGACUUUGUUUUAUACUAUGUAGUGAUAUAUUCCUGAUGUUUCGGUGACUAAAUCUGCCCCGCGUAAAAUAUUGCGGACGCAGAGUUAAUGUUGCUCUCUCGUCGUGCUAUGUUAUAUUUACGCGUGGUUACGUUUCGUACCUGUAAAGCGUGCCUGCACGUGCACUCGCAGUUUCAAUGUAAACGGGGCCUUAUAUCUUAGAGUUCGUAACCGCGUUUGACUCGACCGAAAAUUUCUCAGCGCGCCUGCAUUAAAUAAAUUACUUUGAUUCUGAUUAUAUUAUAAAAAGAUUUUAUUGAAUUACCAAGUCUUUAAUUGAAUUUCUUGAAGUAGGUACCAUAAAUAGCAAUAUUAAAUUAGGCCUUCUGCCCGAUGUGAAAAAGUGACACAAAUGAUAAAUGAACCCAACGCAUUUCACGAGUUGGUUAUAGAAUCAUGAUUUAGGUUAACUAAAUCCGGUUUUAGGAAUUCUUUGUUUUUUUUUUAUAUAGGGCUAAUAUAAUUUAAUAGAAUACAUUAUAUACAUUUCAACACCAACCUAACAGAAGUAAGUACUGUGAUAUUCAUUCACUUUCACACUUAAAUAAUAGCAAAUUAUGUUGUAUGUGUAGAUCUGUGUGGAGAUAAUUGUAAUUAUUUAGUUGCACGAUGUUUAUAAAUCACGUAAUUUAUAUUAUUUACGGCGGGACGCAGACAAAGCUUGGCGCCCUUAGCUGUUGGCGCCGCUUGUCGACCCGCCCGCCCUUACUCUAGUGUAGCGUAAUACCAUAAUAAGAGAGUAUAAGGUUAAUCGCGACUUGUUCGUCGCCUCCACACAGGCCUCGCCCUAUUUAAUAUUUCCUUUCCAUGUUCUUCAUAACAAUCGUAUUUUUAUUUUUUUUGUCAUUGUUCGACGUAUGAAAAUUUAAACCAGUUUAAAUAAAUAAAAUCAGUUUCAAUCAAA